UAUUGCUUUAGGGGACAGCAGGAUUUAAAAGGAGAUGCCUUGCAGCCCUGUUUUACAGAUUGGAAGCAUCGGUUUAAGGGCAUUGGCAGAAUCAUUUCCUUGUUCUUAGCAGCAGCCACUGCUGUGUCAGUAGUGUGUGGAAUGGAAGUCCUAGUUGGUAGUCUGUUAUGGAAACGCUGUUUACUGUUAUUGUAGUACCGUGGUGACAACAUGCCAUUGAAAUGGAAAACGAGCUCUCCUGCUAUCUGGAAAUUCCCAGUUCCUGUGCUUAAAACAUCCAGGUCAUCGCCACUUUCUCCAGCAUACAUAUCUCUGGUGGAAGAGGAGGAUCCUCAUAUGAAAGUAUCUCUUGGUAGCAGCGAUAUGGGCGUCUCUGCCCAUCUACAGUCUUCUAAGACAGGGACCACAAGAUUUUUCACCAGCAAUACUCACAGUUCUGUGGUAUUACAGGGUUUUGACCAACUGCGAGUGGAAGGUUUGCUUUGUGAUGUGACACUUGUUCCAGGAGAUGGUGAUGAAGUGUUUCCUGUUCACAGAGCAAUGAUGGCUUCUGCAAGUGAUUACUUCAAGGCUAUGUUCACAGGUGGAAUGAAGGAACAGGAUUUAAUGUGCAUUAAGCUUCAUGGUGUGAACAAAAUAGGCCUAAAGAAGAUCAUUGACUUCAUUUAUACUGCAAAACUUUCCCUUAACAUGGACAACCUUCAGGACACUCUGGAAGCUGCCAGUUUUCUGCAGAUUUUACCUGUUUUGGACUUCUGCAAAGUGUUUCUUAUCUCUGGGGUUUCGUUGGAAAACUGUGUUGAGGUUGGGCGAAUUGCCAACACAUACAAUCUCACCGAAGUGGAUAAAUAUGUUAAUAAUUUUAUCCUGAAGAACUUCCCUGCAUUACUAAGUACUGGUGAAUUUGUGAAACUCCCCUUUGAACGUCUUGCCUUUGUGCUUUCAAGUAAUAGCCUUAAGCACUGCACUGAACUUGAACUCUUCAAGGCGGCUUGUCGCUGGCUACGGUAUGAGGAGCCUCGGAUGGAGUACGCCGCAAAGCUAAUGAAGAACAUCAGGUUUCCGCUGAUGACGCCCCAGGAUCUUAUUAACUAUGUUCAAACGGUGGACUUCAUGAGAACUGACAAUACUUGUGUAAACUUGCUUUUGGAAGCCAGCAAUUACCAAAUGAUGCCAUACAUGCAACCGGUUAUGCAGUCGGAGAGGACAGCCAUUCGAUCGGACAGUACUCACUUGGUGACGUUGGGGGGAGUGCUGAGGCAGCAGCUGGUUGUCAGCAAGGAGUUACGGAUGUAUGACGAAAAGGCCCACGAAUGGAAAUCCUUAGCUCCCAUGGAUGCACCAAGGUACCAGCAUGGCAUCGCCGUGAUUGGAAACUUUCUUUACGUAGUUGGCGGCCAGAGCAAUUACGACACGAAAGGAAAGACAGCGGUUGACACGGUCUUUAGGUUUGAUCCUCGCUACAACAAGUGGAUGCAAGUUGCAUCUUUAAAUGAGAAGCGCACCUUCUUCCACCUAAGUGCCCUCAAAGGACAUUUGUAUGCAGUCGGUGGUCGAAAUGCAGCGGGUGAGCUAGCCACUGUGGAAUGUUACAAUCCCAGAAUGAAUGAAUGGAGCUAUGUCGCAAAAAUGAACGAACCCCACUAUGGUCAUGCUGGAACUGUGUAUGGGGGAUUAAUGUAUAUUUCAGGGGGAAUUACCCAUGAUACUUUCCAAAAGGAACUUAUGUGUUUUGACCCUGACACAGACAAAUGGACUCAGAAAGCUCCGAUGACAACAGUCAGAGGUCUGCAUUGCAUGUGUACUGUAGGAGACAAGCUAUAUGUUAUUGGUGGCAACCACUUUAGAGGAACAAGUGAUUAUGAUGAUGUUCUAAGCUGUGAAUAUUACUCACCAACUCUAGACCAGUGGACUCCAAUUGCUGCCAUGUUACGUGGGCAAAGUGAUGUUGGGGUUGCUGUCUUUGAAAAUAAAAUCUAUGUUGUUGGAGGAUAUUCUUGGAAUAAUCGGUGUAUGGUGGAAAUAGUUCAGAAAUAUGAUCCAGAAAAAGAUGAGUGGCAUAAAGUAUUUGACCUUCCAGAAUCACUUGGUGGCAUUCGAGCCUGCACUCUUACUGUUUUCCCACCGGAGGACAAUACAGGGUCACCGUCUAGAGAAUCUCCUCUUUCAGCACCUUAGAAACAUCCCUUGACUUAUGAUGUUGUAGUAACACCUUUGCACUGCAUCAUGGAGUCUAUUAUUUUUCUUCAGUAGUUUCUGUUAGGCUUAGCCUACAGCAUUUCGUACAAUUACUGGGAAAAAAAAAAAAGACUUUGACAUUAUUUGUGCUGUUUGUUUGGCCUAGAAUGUUUGUCAAGUGGUUAACAAAAAAAGAUGUACUCACCCGAGCCAAACGUUUAACAAAUGAGAAGAUACUGUCUAUAAAAUGUAUGAACUAGGUACGUUAUAAAUGUUGUGUAUUGGGUGUGAGAUACCUUAUAGCUUACAUUUGGAAGCCCAAUGAGUCAAAUUUGAAGACUGUAUUGAACACAUUCUUUCACUAAAUUUCAUAGUUGAAAUCUUUUUUCCUUUCAUUUUUGACUGCAGAUUACAAGGGGAGGUAGACCACAUCAAUGUGAACUCUGACAGAAGGUUGCCAAGGGGCCUGCGCUACCUCCCUCUUUUCACAGAGUAUUUUUGACAUAUCUGUUUACCCACCUGACUUUGUGGGUGCUUUCAGAGCAUAUGAAGUUUCUUAGGCAGUGGGGAGAAAUAAAAUAAUUUUAAAAUAUUAGCACUAUACAGGAAGCGGACCUUGUAGAGGCCGGGAGUUUUUUAUAACAUAUAUCGAGUGUUUUUCCUGAGUCGGUUGAGUGAUGCUUCAAACAAAAGACUUAAAACAUUUGGGUUUUUUAAUUCGGGUUUUUUCAGGAAUUGGCUUCCGCUUGCAUGGGAGCACACACUAUUAACAAAUGGGAAUUCAGUGCAGUUGUAUAUUCUGUUGUAUGCCUGUACUGAAUAUAGGUAGAUAAGGGCUAGAAACAUUAACUUAAGCCACUGAAUUUGACCAAAUCGUUCCAUCAGAUCAAAUUUAAUCUACCUUUUCUCCUUUGCUGUUGAGAUAACUUGCAUAAUGUGUCCUCUGUAUAGUCUCAGUUAAUAGGGUUAUUUAGCACAAAGUGCAGCUUCAGCGAGAGAGCUGCUUUUGCUCAGUGAACUUGGACUACCACGUUUUACCUUCUUUUGUUCAAUAAAACUUUUAACUGCA